AGUCAAUGAUUCCACGAAAUGGCAAGGACCGGCAGUAUUGAUAUUAAAAGUGUUUUUGAUGAGUAUGUGCAAAAAGAACAACAAUUUGAACAAGAAAUAGAAGAACGUAAUAAAUUGCGUCGCGAAAUUCGUAAUAAGGAUGUUUCCAGAGUUUCCAAUUCGUCAUCAAAUCUCCUUAUAGAUUUGGAAAAAUCUCGCAUUCGUAAUCAGACUCUUCUAAAGGAUUUGGAGAUGUCCAGAGCACGUCUAAGAACUUAUACAUCUUAUACACCUACCGAUGCGGAACUGCAACAAAUUUCAUCGACCUAUCGGAAUUAUCUUCGUAAAAAUAUGCAAAAUAUGGAGUCUUGACAUUUUUAUGCGAUCGAUCCUCAAUGAUUUCUUGAUUCAACCUGAUAACUCGAGCCGAACGAACAAACUUACAAAUGAAAAGUUUGUUGAUCGUUAGGAUCGAUGAAUCAGAUAGAUCAUCACGUGUCUAACCAUAUGCAGCUGUUGCGAACAUGUGCUUCAAACAAAGCGAGAGAACUAAUUGAUCCAUAAAGCGUGAGCACAUUAAUAAUAUUGCAAAUUCAGACUUUCAGUCUGUACUUUGCACACUUCCAGUCUUUCGAUUCGAGUUACCGCAAAAAACGUUUACCUUUACAUAAACUAAAAAUACGGCAAAAAUAAAAUAAAGAUAUAUUAUAAUUUAUCCGCAUCUUACGCGAAUCUAUAAUAUUAUCAUUGCUCGCAACAAAUUAUCAUUACACAUGCAAUACAAACUACAUCACUAAUAUUGUAAUAAUGUCAACGACGUAAUCGACUUUACACGAAUGUGGUUACAUAGUUGAUAUUUUGCUUUUCAAAGAAAUGCGAACUGCAAACUGAAAUCUAAUGAAGUUAAUUUAUACUAUAAUCUAUUCGUUCAAAGAUUUCACGAGAGAUCCGUUAUAGGCAAAUGCGUUACUUUUUAAGGACCGUGUGACGAAUGUCCGUAAGCUUAUUGUAUGAUACCUUGCGAAUUGAUGGGUCUUUUCACCUGGCACCGCGCAAGAGAGCUUCUCGAGGAAUUAUGCAUAAAGGAGAUGCGUGGACAAGUGGCGAACAGUGUCCACCUGUCUUCAUGCAUGCUAUAUUCAUAUUUAUUUUCUUUGUGUGACCGCGCGUUAUCAUUAUAGAUAAUUACCGGCGCGCACAACGUGCACACAUACGAUAGGACGGCCACGUAUUCAGUAGCUGCCCGAUAAGAGGCUGCCCAGGCCAAUAAUUUGCCGGGAAGUUGUAUUUAUUUUGCAAUAUAUUUCUGUCUUUUACAUACAACGCAAACGCCAAUCUUGACCUUCAUAGACUAUUUAUUUUACCGGCGUGACUUUUUGACCAUUAAAUUUGUUGGCAGAUUGGAUUUGUAAUUUACUAUUACGUGUUUUAUUAUUGGCCUUAGUGCAACUUUUCGAACUGUAAAGUGCGCAAUUUAUUCAAAUUAUUGAAUAUGCACGUCCUUGUGUUUUAUUCACUUACCUUCUUACAUUUAUAAAAUAUUAGAGAGGAAUAUUAAAAAUUCGUCCGAGCAAUAUGUAUGUACGAAUGUUCUAUACACAUCGAAAAAUUUAGAAAGACUGAGAGACACGUGAAAUAAAAAGGUAUAAUUUUGUAUUCUACGUGGCAUAACAGCUGAAUAAACGAAAUAACAUUGUGACUUUUUACUCUGACCAUCGUAACGCCUGCAAACAUCUGUAUCAAUAGUCUCAUUAUCUUAAGGGGUACCAUCUUUUACAGUUUGGUCAGAGACCCUGCGCAAUAUUCUUCAUGGAUGUAUCCAUAAGUUGACGAUUUUUUCAAAAUUCUUUUACAAAUAUCCUGUGAUUUUUCACGAUACUUGUAUUGUAAAAA